AGGAAAAUAAGAAAAAAGCGGAAAUUCAAAAAAAAAAUUUAUAUCCAAAAAAUCGUUUGAAUAAAUCGUUCAAAAUCAAUUUAGGGUUUCAAAUCAAAUUCUAUUAUCUUCCAAAAUUCUCCUAUUCGAACCGUACAAAAGCUUCUUCCGCAUGCUAUUCGCGAUCUCAUCUCUCCACUCGCCGUUUUUUCGAUAGAAUCGAGGUCAGGUACGAUCUGGAAAACUGAGAGUGAAUAUGAGGGAUGUGAAAAUUGAGGGUUUUGUAUUUAAGAGUUCGGAUUGAGGGGUUGUUGAUGGAAAAUAGCAUAGGAAAGAUUUCUGCUGCUGCUGGUGUUGAGAAUUCCAGGAAAACCAAAUCUUUGGAUCUCCAGAGUAUAUAUAAAUCUAGGGUCUCGAAUGACGGGCACUCUAAAAAAGGCAAAUAUCCGGUACAGAAUGGUGGUGAGGAUAGGGAUGAUAACAAGAAGAAGAAGAAGAAGAGGAAAAAGAUUGUAAAAGAGGUUGCUUUGGAUAGCCUUGAGCCUGUGGUGAAAAAGAGUAGGAAGAGUAUAGGUGAGGGGCGUGGGAAUGAUGCGCGAUCAGGUUCUGUUUCGGUUGAUUCUAGUCGUUCAUUAUCUGGUUUCAGUCACAAGAAUGGAUUGAAUGGGCUUUCUCUUAGUUUGGGUGGCUCUGGUAAUGUAAUUCAUAUUCCAAAGCGUCCAAGGGGUUCUGUUGGCCGGAAGAAGUUUGAAACUAAUGGGCCAGCUAACAUGUCGGGGCCAAGUGGUUCUGUUGAUAGGAUUGGUAACUCAAAUGGGGAGGCCAGGAAAGUUGAGUCAUCAGGGUCAUCUAGUGGUAAGGCAGGUUCUGCUGAUAAUGUUGCUAAGUUACCAAGUCGUUCUGGUGGUUCCAAGGUAAAACGGAAGAGGAAUGUUGAUGAAGUGAAGGAUGGUAGGAAUGGUAUAUCCACUUCAUCUCACCUUGCGAAAGAUGAAGGUGGUCAUGUUGUAAAUAAUGGUGAUAAAUCUUCCAAAAAACGUCGGAGCAAUCAUAGGAAGAGGAAGGAAUUGCGAUCAGGUGUUGAGACUGCUCAGAAGAAGGUUGAGCCUUCAGUGGAUAAUUCAAGCAGUGUUUUUGAUGACUUCCAAGAUGACGAUGAUGAUGAGGAGAAACUUGAACAGAAUGCUGCAAGGAUGCUUUCCUCUAGAUUUGAUCCUAGGUGCACAGGUUUUACUUCUAGAAUUAGAUCUUCCAGCAGUCCACCAGACAAUACCGUCUCUUUUUCCCAUUCUUCUCGUCGAGAUUUUGUUAGCAGAAGGGCAGACUCGUCGGCUAACCUGAAAACCAAAGAUGCUAGCAGAGUGCUGAGACCCAGAAAAGAGCUGAAGGAGAAGGGCCUUUCAAGGAAGCGUCGUCACUUUUAUGAAAUUGUUACCAGCAAUUUGGAUGCAUAUUGGUUUUUGAACCGGAGGAUCAAGGUAUACUGGCCAUUGGAUGAAAGUUGGUAUUAUGGGCGUGUAAAUGAUUAUGACCCUAAAAGAAAGCUUCAUCAUGUCGAGUACGAUGAUCGGGAUGAGGAGUGGAUUGAUCUUCACAACGAGAAAUUCAAGCUUUUGCUCCUCCCCAGUGAGGUUCCUGCCAAAAAUGAGCGGACUAAAACUCCCAUUAUUGAUAAAUACAUAGAUAAAAGGAAAACAGAUAGUGAGGAUGAUGACAGCUUUGACGAGAACUAUCUGGACUCAGAACCUAUAAUAUCAUGGUUGUCACGAUCAUCUCAUAGAGUCAAAUCUUCUCCUGCUAGUCAUUUGAAAAAACAAAAAACAUUACAGUUUUCUAGCUCCAUGGUGCAACCUGUUGUGUCUGUCAAAACUGAUGAUACAGAGGCAGAUGUGGGAUCCUUGGCAGGAGAUGGAAAUAAAUCGGAUUCUGAUUCUACAUUGCCAGAGAAAUCUGCUGAUGGCGAAAGGGCAGAGACUUCGUUGUUGGGAAGUCCUAGUAGCUCCAAAGGUAGCCCAUGUGUUGUUUAUGUUAGGAGGCACUUGCGCAAGAACAGUGGAGGUUUCUCUCCUGCUUGCAGAAAUGAUAAAACACGUAGAAGUCCAUGCCCCACUUUUGCUCCUUUUGACUCAGCUGAGGACAAUUUGCACUCCUGGAAAUGGUAUGAUAAUUCUCUUGGAUGCUCUGGAAUUGACAAGCUUUUGUGGUCUAUCGAUGAUCAAGGCUUGCUCAGGUUGAGAGUUCCGUUUGGAGAAUCUGUCAGAUUCAGGUUGGAUGUGUCCUUGCCUGUCUUGCGAUUUCUGGAUUGCUCAUUUCUAGUGGAUCGUUUUGGGUUCUCUCAUGCUUUGGUGCCACCCAAUUAUGGUGGCAUCAUGACUACUUGGCCUGAGGUUGCUUUGGAGAUGCUUUUUGUUGACAAUUCAAUUGGACUGAGGUAUCUUCUGUUUGAGGGUUGCCUGAAACUUGCUCUCAAGUUAUUUUCGCUCGUCCUCACAGUAUUUAGUCAAUCUUCAGAAGAGUGGAAGUUCAUUGAUAUGCAAUUGCCAAUAACAUCAAUACGGUUUAAAUUUUCAUGCAUUCAAGAUCUCAGAAAGCAACAAGAGUUUGAAUUCUACAGCUUUUCAAAACUGAAACAGUCAAAGUGGCUUUAUCUGGAUUCUAUGCUUCAGCGGUAUUGUUUACUCAGCAAGCAGCUACCUGUUUCUGAGUGCACUUAUGAUAACAUAAAGACACUUGAAGGUGGAAGUUAUCAAUCAUGUACACCAUAUGUUGGUACGGGAUUCUUUCCACUAAAGAAGAGGCUUGUGCACAGCAUUUUACCAGUUGGUGUUUCAAGAGAAUCUUCCAGCAAGAGGACGAGUUCAUUUGCAUUUAAUUCUGCUAUUAAGCUUGGGAAAAUUCCUGCAUUUGCUCUUUCAUUUACUGCAGCGCCAACUUUCUUUCUUAGUCUGCAUCUGAAGCUGCUCAUGGAGCAAAACUUUUCCAGCAUCAACUUUCAGGACAAUGCUUCGCUGUCUGCUAUUGGAGAUUCAGAAGUUGAUGUCCAGUCAACUGCUAUACUCCAUCCGGACAUUGAUCCUUGCCCUGAAAAUGUCAUAGGUAAAAUUCCUGGGUGUGAUAAGCAAACUUCUUUGGCAGAUGCUGGCUCUCAAUUUUUGAGCUCUGCUGAACCUUGUUCAGGAAAAGAUGUCAGCUCUGAAGUGAGUGAUGUUGACAGAGGAAAAUCAGCUUCAAAUGGAAAACAAGACAUGACUCCGGGUCCCUCAAUUUCCAAAGAUUUUGAUAUGCUUGAAACUGAUAGAGUUGUCAACCCUAGCAAUCAUGAGUCCCACAAUCAAGAGUUGGAGCAGAAUGUUGCAUCUUCAGAUCUUUCUGUUUCAAGAACUGUUGCACCUACAGGCUUGUCUAAUACAACCGGCUUUUCUAGUUUGGGUGGUCUGAGUAUUGAACUUCCUUCUUCUGAUCAAAAUGACAAGCCUUUGGAUCAGGGAGUCAAUAUUUCUGGACAGGUUUCUGAUUUGGCUGGGAAUAUGAGUGAUGGUGUGUUACAGAGUCCCUGCACAAGUGGUCUUAGAAGUUCGUUGCGGCGUGAUAGAAAUUGCUCAAACAAUUCUCCCUUUGGGGAUCAUUCUCCGGUAUGGCCUCAUGGGAAGUCAAAUUUUAUAAGCAAUGGCUUUGGCAAUGGGCCUAAGAAGCCUCGGACUCAGGUGCAGUACACUUUGCCUCCAGGAGUUUAUGAUUCUAGUUCAAGGUACCAAAGCCAGAGCCAGAAAUCUUUUCCUUACAAACGAAUUCGGAGAUCCAACGAGAAAAGGGUUUCUGAUGGUUCAAGGAGUUCUCAGAAAAACCUGGAAUUGCUAUCUUGCGAUGCAAAUAUUCUUGUUACUGUCAGGGACAAAGGAUGGAGAGAAUGUGGUGCACGUAUCAUUUUGGAACUCACAGACCAAAAUGAAUGGAAACUAGCUGUCAAAGUGUCUGGUGUUACAAGAUAUUCUUACAAAGUUAAUCAUAUUUUGCAGCCUGGGUCAACAAAUCGCUUCACGCAUGCCAUGAUGUGGAAAGGUGGAAAAGAUUGGGUAUUAGAGUUUCCUGACAGGAGCCAGUGGACUAUUUUCAAGGAGAUGCACGAAGAAUGCCAUAAUCGUAAUAUUCGUGCAGCUUCUGUGAAAAACAUCCCCAUUCCUGGAGUACGCCUGAUAGAGGAAAGUGACGACUACGUGUCAGAUGUUCUGCCCAUCCGCAAUUCACCAAAGUACACAAGGCAAGUUCAGAGUGAUGUUGACAUGGCUAUGGAUCCUUUGCAUGUGCUGUACGACAUGGAUAGUGAUGAUGAGGAAUGGAUUUUGAAGAAUGGUAAAAUUCUAUUUGCUGAUGAGAAUAAGCCUAAAGAGGUAUCAUUUGAGUUGUUUGAGAAGAUUGUAGAUGUGCUUGAGAAGUUCGCCUAUUCUCAACAGUGUGAUCAGUUCACAGUUUCCGAAUUAGAAGAGUUUAUGGUUGGGAUCGGUUCCAUGCAAUUAGUUAAAGGCAUUUAUGAGCAUUGGCGGCAGAAGAGGCAGAGAAAAGGCAUGGCGUUAAUUCGCCAUCUCCAGCCUCCUCUGUGGGAAAGAUAUCAGCAUCAAGUAAAGGAAUGGGAGCAAGCUGUGGCCAAGGCCACUGCUGUGUCAACCGUUGGAUGCAAAGAAAAGACUUUGUUGAACGAAAGGCCACCCAUGUUCGCUUUUUGUCUAAAACCUCGAGGACUGGAAAUUCCUAAUAAGGGUUCCAAGCAACGAUCUCACAGAAGGUUUCCUGUUUCAGGACACAGCCAGGCCGUCUUAGGGGAUCAGGAGGGGUCUCAUACAUUUGGAAGAAGAUUAAAUGGUAUAUCUGUUGGAGAGGAGAAGAGUGUAUUGUCAGGCAACAGCUAUGAGUUUUCAGAUUCUUCACCAUCACUGCAGGCCUCAGCAAGGGUAUUUUCACCUCGGGAUGCUGGUGGGCUUGGCUUUUUCUCAUUGACCAGUGAUGUGCCUGAGUGGAAUCAGUACUCAAAAUACCAUAGAUACAAGCCAAAGAAUGGGGCAUUUCCAUCCCCAAGUAGUUCGCAAUUUCAAUAUCCUCAGAGAACUAUAGGAAUGAGAAAUGGUGCUCACAGAUGGAAUAUGGAAUUACCUGAGUGGCCAAGUCAAAAACAUCAUAUUUAUGAAGGAUCUCAGAGGCAUGCCUUGGAGCAGUUGGAUGGUUCAGAUUUUCCUGAGUUCAAAUUGCGUGAUGCAUCGGGUGCUGCUAAGCAUGCUUUAAACAUGGCUAAACUGAAGAGGCAAAGGGCUCAAAGACUGCUCUACAGAGCAGAUUUAGCAAUUCACAAAGCUGUGGUGGCUCUCAUGACAGCUGAGGCAAAAAAAGCUGCUUUUGACAGCUCUAAGGGUGGUGAUUAGGAUGACCUCCUGGUUGCGACAAGUAAUGAAAUUGCACAGUGCUUUCAGCUUAUAGGCAGAUGUGAAGUUCAUAUUGCUGAAGUUAUUAUGCCAGAAUGGCGCUGAUAUGACUUUUCUCAAUGAUACUCUUGACUUCCUUUAGAAUUGUUUGAGGUAAAUUUGACCCCGUGCAAAGACCAUUUAUGCACACUGAUGGACAAUAUAUCAGCUGGCUUGCCAUCAGCAGAGAACAGCAGCUCUUGGCUUCUGCGCUCAAUCGUCACGCUGCAUUCCCCAACAUACCAGCUUGUUUUAUAAAAUGUAGUCUCGUACAUAACUCGCUAGUCUUUUCACUGAUUAGUUUUCUGAAGAGGGAGAAUUUUCUCAGUUCAGUGGGACAGGUUGGUGUCCGUUCUGCCAUGGGGUUUGUGAAAUUUUGGUGUUGAUCAUUGUACAGAAUUUUUUGCCUUAUAUUUUUUUUCUUCCUUUGAGCCUGUUGGCCCUUUAACCUUAGUUUUAGUGAUCUUCAUUAGAGGAGCAUUAGACCGACGUAGUAUAAUAUAGCUUUGUACUAACCUGCGAUUGCUGGAUACUGUAAGCAGAGAUCUCUAUCCAUAGGUAAACGGAUGAGGAUAUGCUGUAACUACCCAGUGAAUUCUCUUAACAUCAAUGGAGCCUGAAAGAUGUAGAUUCUUAAGAUUCAGGAUGAAGUGUUUGGUUCCAAUGAUCUAUGCUGCUAUUGUGCAUAUUGUAUAUAUUAGUUCUUUGCUUCUCGUCCA